AAUGGCCGUUCAGGAGCAAGUGAAGGUUGUGCUUCCGCAAUGGCGGCCGCUGCUCGCUGACGGUACUGCUGUGGGCAUCGUGGCCGCGGCUUCUUAUUCCGUGUUGUCGGUGUUUCCCCACCCCCAAUCCCCGCGGUCAUGUCUGCACGGUGCCGGGCCACCGCCGUUUUCUGCCUCAGUCUCUGCUACGUAGCGGCGGCGGCAGCCGAGCUGCAAGAAAAGGAUGAAGCGGCGAAAGCGGAGACCGGGCAGCAGAAAAUAUCUUCAGCACAUCCUAUGGCUAACAUUGUAAGCGAUGAGUCUGUUACCAAAACAAACCUGGGUUUCAUACACGCCUUUGUUGCUUCCAUAUCGGUCAUUAUCGUCUCUGAGCUGGGUGACAAGACAUUCUUCAUAGCAGCUAUCAUGGCCAUGCGCUACAAUCGCCUCACUGUGCUCGCUGGAGCUAUGCUGGCUUUGGGAUUGAUGACCUGUCUAUCUGUUCUCUUUGGCUAUGCGACUACAAUAAUUCCUCGGAAGUAUACAUAUUAUGUAUCAACGGCACUUUUUGCAAUAUUUGGUUUCCGGAUGCUUUGGGAAGGCUUGAAGAUGAGUCCUGAUGAAGGUCAGGAAGAACUGGAAGAAGUACAGGCAGAAAUCAAAAAGAAGGAUGAAGCUCUUCAGCGAUCAAAAACUGCAAAUGGUCCACAGGAUAUUGAGUCGGGAUCAUCGGCACAUCUGUCACAAAAGAGGCGAAUGCCUUGUAUUUCUCCAAUUUUCGUUCAGGCGUUUACACUCACAUUUUUGGCAGAAUGGGGAGAUCGAUCACAACUAACAACCAUUGUAUUGGCUGCCAGGGAGGAUCCUUUUGGUGUUGCUGUGGGUGGAACAUUAGGGCACUGUCUUUGUACUGGAUUGGCAGUUAUUGGAGGAAGGAUGGUUGCCCAGAAAAUCUCUGUUCGAACGGUGACCAUCAUUGGUGGAAUAGUUUUCCUGGCAUUUGCACUUUCUGCCUUGUUCAUCAGUCCAGACAGCGGGUUCUAACAGGUUUUUCAGGAAUGCUAACAUGUAUCAUCCAUUUCCAGAUAUCAGAAUUAAUAUUUAUCGAUGUACAGUGUAACUGCAAAGGACUUGUGCCUCUUGUAUAGUUUACAUGUCUUUUAGAUUCUGAAGGCAAGUCUUGACUUUUUCAACCCAAAUGACCUCACUGUAUAUUUCAGUUUCUGUAUAACUAUUUCAAUAUGUAGGUGCCUCACCACAUAAAUGCUAUAAAUAUAAUUGAUUUUUAAAAUGUGUGAGCUUUGGAGGUCGUUUUGAGGGUACUGAACACUAAAAAAACCCUUUUUAUACAAUGGUUUUUGGCAGUGAAGUAAAUUAUACUGCAGUACUUUUUUAAAAAAAUAUUCUCAACUAUUCUGUUUGGAGCACUCCCUUUGUCUCAACAUCUGUCCAUUUUUCUUGUUAACAUGUAGUUAAAACAUUGUGUAACACCGAUUCUCCAAAAACUGGGCCUUCAUUACAUUAAUUGGAGGGAUCAUUGUAAUAUAGAUUGCAAAUGUUAAAUGUCUUUUUAAGGAAUCUUUUAUUUAAUUGGUCAUGCCUUGCCAAAAAGCAGAUACUAUUGGAUCAGGUUUAAAAGGGCACUUGAGUCCUUAAUGGCAUCAUAAUUAUUAGAAUUGUUUCUGAAUUCCAAUAACUAGGUUUGUGAGGUGACUGUUAUUUGUAAUCAUUUAAAUUGUAACUGUAGUGUUCGUGCAAAUUAGUGCUCUUCUGUUGUCGACAGAACUGCAGUAUUAUAGUGGCUACUUUCUACUUUCCCUGUGUUUUUUGAUUUAGAUUGAAACUGCUUGUUAUUAACUUUUUUAAACAUAAUACAGGUAUUGAUCAGGUACACCCUGUCUAUCUUUUGAUAGUGUUGGAAUUAGAUUCUUGUGAAAAGCUGAUAUUGCACCUGACUUUCAAAGUUCACUGUAGAGAUUACAGUGAGUGCUCUGAUUUUGCCAGAUGUUGCAAUUUUAGUUUAUUUUGGUUAUUAGAUUCGGACUUACAGGACAUGCAAUGAAGUCUUGCUUGGUUUCAGUUAUGUUUGUAAAGCAGUGUGGAUUCCUGAGAUGAAUUAGGCUUAACGGAUUCUUUUGUGCAUACCUGCUGCAUAGCCUCAUUUUAAAAAGAAAACGCAAAGAAUUGUGGUUAUUGGAAAUCUGAAUCAAGAACAAAACAUGCUGGAGAAAUUUGCAAGACACAACCACUAAAUUAUGUGAAUGCUAGAGGCAGACAUGUAGUUUAUCAACUGUCAAAAUGUACAACAUACUUUUAACCUUGAAUAUCCUGGGUCAGCCUCCACUUUAUACUCCCCUUUGAACUGUUUCACAAAUAUAAAUAGUGCAAACAGUCACAAUGCAAUAUGCUGUUUUCUGCCAAGACAUUUUGAAAUAACCAAGAUUGGAACUAGAAGCUAAAACUACUUUUCACUUGGAUCUAGCCUCCUGGAUAUGCACUUGCCUGUGGAAAUAUUUCAACGAGAAUGAGAAUUUUAUACUGGAAAUAAUUAUUUCUAUAAUGUGAACUUUUUCAGUUUUGCAUGUGAAAAUGCCUUAAUACACAGGGAUUGGUAAUUUGGAGCAGCAUUUAGCUUGGACUAAUGUAAAAUUCAUUGCAUAAUAGUAAGUAAAAGAGUAUUUGUAAAAAUGGGUAUUUUUUUUUGUUCCACUGGCCCACAGAAAAAUGCAAAGCCACAGAAGGAAUUAUUGCUUGGCAGCUCAUGCUGUGGCCCAUGAGGGAAUUGAUAUUAUGGAAAUUUAAAGGGAAAUAUUAACACUAGCAUUGCAGUUUUGAGGAACACAUGACAGAGGAUUUGUGCUAGUGUUACAACACUAAUCAACUCUAAUAAUUUAAUCAUGUAUCCUAUUGACUUAUGUUCUAGUGGUGGCCCUACCCAUUUUUAGAAUUUAAUUCUGUGCUGAGCACAAGAUCAAUAAUUUUACUCUUUGCGCAGUCACUGUGAACAGCUUUACUUUUUAAAAUCUACUAUGGUACUUAACUCUGCAGCAAGUGAAUAAUAAUUGAUAAAUACUGGAAUUUGAAUUUCCAGUUCUAUUUUGUGGGGUUAAUGCAGUGAAUGUCAGUGUUUUUGGCAAGCGGUGUUACAUUUCAGUUCUUGGUACAGACAGGAUCUUAUCUAAUUUAUCCUUAUCUAUGGAGUAAUUCUCUGCUUUUUCAAUAAAUGAAAAUUGAAGGUUUUGUAUUAAGAUAUUUGAGUGUUUAGUUUUGUGGUCUUCCAGUCAUUUGGGGAUCCUCCACAAGCCUUUGUGUUCUAUCACUUAACUGACUCUGUCCAGGUCCGAGCAGAGUCUUCCUAAAAUGACUUGCAACGAUUAAAAUCUCCUACAAAAAUUAUGCAUCUGAUGAAAAAUUAUAUCAUCAUGUUUCCUAUUGACUUAAGUUCUGAUAGUGCAGCAUACUUGUAACUGCAGGUGCAGUGCUGUCUUUAGUUUCAGCUGUGGUACUGAAAGUCUUUAAUGUUUGAACUCCCAACAUUCUUCAAAGUUAUUCAAAUUAGUUGGUACACAGGAGUAAAAGUAAAUACUUCAUUUGCACUGGAUUAGUUUAUACAAUCUGUAUGCUGCAACGUUUUUGUGAAUGGCAGUUUGCAAAAUUGUCAACAUUUUCUUGUUAAAAUAGAAAAUUGUAAGAAACCAACUUGAUUGUACAGAUUAGAUUUGUACAUAUUGCUAUUAUCAGUGGCUGUACUUUAAAUAAAAGUAUGAAAGGAAA